CGCCCUCCGGUGUCGCCCGGAAAGCGCUCCGCCGCGUUCACGCACGAGCAGGGCGGGCGCUCCCACGGGCUCCGGGCGGCGGAGGACGCGUGGACCGGAGCGAGGAGCGCGGGCUGCAGGUUGCACUUAUGAUAACGUGUUAUAGAAAUAGAUGUUAAACUUCAUUUUGAAUGAAAAAUGUCUCUCAGCCCACCUAUAUUACUUAAAGAAAGGGAAGAAAAUAAUUCAAGAUUUGUUGAAAAAAAACAACCACAAACUACUUCCAUAGAUGCGGAAGAUCCUCUUCAAAACUUAUGCUUAGCAUCGCAAGAAGUUCUUCAAAAAGCUCAGCAAAAUGGAAGAUCAAAAUGUCUUAAAUGUGGUGGUUCAAGAAUGUUCUACUGCUAUACAUGUUAUGUCCCAGUUGAAAAUGUACCUGUGGAGCAGUUGCCACUUGUGAAGCUUCCACUGAAGAUUGACAUCAUUAAACAUCCAAAUGAAACAGAUGGCAAAAGUACUGCUAUACAUGCGAAACUCUUAGCACCUGAAUUUGUAAAUAUUUACACAUACCCUUGUAUUCCAGAAUAUGAAGAAGAGGACCAUGAAGUUGCACUCAUUUUUCCGGGACCUAAGUCUGUCUCAAUAAAAGAUAUUUCUUUUCAUCUGCAAAAAAGGAUUCAAAAUAAUGUGAGAGACAAAAAUGAUGACCCUGACAAGCCAUCUAGUAAACGCAAGAAAACUGAAGAAUCGGAUUUGAAUGACAGCAAGUGCAAAGAGACAACACUGAAAAAAAUUAUAUUUAUAGAUAGCACCUGGAACCAAACAAACAAAAUAUUCACUGAUGAGAGACUUCAGGGGUUGUUACAAGUUGAGUUGAAAACAAGAAAAACUUGCUUUUGGCGCCAUCAAAAAGGAAAGCCAGAUACCUUCCUUUCCACAAUCGAAGCCAUCUACUACUUCCUGGUAGACUACCAUACUGAUAUAUUAAAAGAGACAUACAAAGGACAAUAUGACAAUCUUCUAUUUUUCUAUUCUUUUAUGUACCAGUUGAUAAAGAAUGCCAAAUGCUCUGGAGACAAGGAAACAAGAAAAAUUACUCAUUAGUCUCUAAGAAGCCACUUUUGUGAUUUUAUUUUGCUAAAAAUCAAUAAACUUGUAAUUGUGUUUUGUUUAUUCUUAGGGGAAUAUUCAUGUGUCAUGUCUGCUAGACCACUUUAAA